AUGCAAGAAAGUGUGUUUAUAUUUAAUUACAACAGAAGAGCAAGGAAAGCUUUUAUAGAUGCAUUAUUACCUCCUAAAAGCAGUAAUGGAAGCCCUGUAAUGCCCUUUGAACUUGAGGUAGUUGAAGCUGCCUUGCAUUCACGAAUACAAAGAUUUGAUGAUAGACUCAUGGAGUUAGACCCACAUGUUCAAGCUUUACUUGAGGUUUUGCCAAACAAGUUAACUGCUGACAUAUUGGAGCAACUUCGUAUUAGCAAGCAAACCUUGAUAUGUUGA